UACGGUGAAGUAAAUUACUUCCAUAAGAUACUUAGUUGAUACUAUCUUUUCCCUUUUUAAAUAUAAAAAUAUUUAAAAUCAAUUAAUAAUUUUAUUAUUUCUGUAAAAGGCGAGUGAUGAAAUCGACCAAAAUUCAAUCGUGCAAUGCACAUGAGGUCUUCUUAUUUGCCUUACCAAGCCACUAUGGAAAAAGAAUUUACGGCGCAGAGGAGCAAAAUAGCAUCAAAUAUCCUUGGGCUCCGAAGACUUCAACGCACAAGACACCAUAUAAAAUAUCUGGAGACAUAUGAAAAACAUUUAAAUAUAUUUUAAAUUGGACGGUUAAAUAAAUGCUAUUGAGUUGAAAGGA